AUGGACAGGAAUGUGUUGGGUUUAUCAGAGUUGGAGUCAACUAUUCACUGGUGGGACUAUCCCAAAAAGAAACUAUUGGUGACCCGCGGUCUAGACGUCCCCACUUCAACAACAGUAUCGACCAAAGUUUACAAUAAUCAAUCAGGAACACCAUUAUUGACCGGUGACCUACCCGACACACUGACGACGCUCGUCUUUGACUUUGGCUUCGAUCAGGCUGUGUCGCCAUACGUCCUGCCCGCAUCACUCCAAUCGAUUGUAUUCAAUAAUCCUUUCAAUCAACCGAUACUGGAGGAUGUCCUACCAAGCUCCCUCACAACAUUGGUAUUUGGAUAUUCAUUCAAUCAACCGAUCGCACCACGUACAUUGCCCGCAUCCCUCCGGACAUUGGUGUUUGGCAUACAGUUCAAUCAGCCUUUGAUGGCAAAGGACGUGCUCCCGCCUAGCCUAUCAUCAUUGUCACUUGAGCGCAACUACCUCCACCCCUUCAAUCCCAUGUCUAGACCAUCAAUCCGCUCACUAACAUUGAUUAACCUGAUCCACAUUGAUCAUCCCGGUCUGGCCAUGUCGUCUGUUACAUCACUGACACUUGGCGACGACGCGUUCAAUGUCGCGAUUGCACCAGGUUCUCUUCCCCCCUCGCUCAAGACUCUGGUUUUGGGACAUUUCUUUGACCAUGAGAUUGAGCCACUCACCUUGCCGGCAGGCCUCACGUCAAUUGAUUUCUCAACCCGGUUCAACAAAUCACUGGAUAACAUCCCUAACAGUAUUGAGUGCCAAUACUGGAUUGAUCAGACUUGA